CUGCCGUUUCCAGAGGCGGCGAGCAUUGUAUUUCUGACACGUUGAGUCGACCUAACGUGCGAUGUAACGUACGCGGCAAUUAAUUAGAUUGAUGUGUAAGGGUCACAAGUAUCAUCGAUUGCUAUCAAUCGGGUUUGGGAGCGUUUGGAAGCGUCAGUAGCCUUUUUCUUCGAGAGAUAUUUGUGUUUAUUGAAGACCGAGUAUUUCUCUCGUGCAAAUACGAUUGGAAACAUUAGUUUUGCAUAAAAAUAUUUUGUUUCGCCUUAAAACUACCACUGUUUCAGCUACAGUACAAAAAUCUGUUCUACGUACAAUCCAGGAGGAGCAAUUUGGAAGAAGAAACAGAAGUACCAGAGUAGCGCGAAGGGAAUAAAAAAAGCAACGGGCGAACGAGAGGAAGGAAAAGCCGCAAGAUGCCGAUUGAUUGUUACUACCUACCACCAAGUCCACCCUGCCGCACCAUCGUGUUACUCGCGAAAGCUCUAGGUGUUCAUUUUAAUUUCAAGAUCGUGAAUGUCAUGAGCGGGGACCAUAUGAAAGCGGAGUAUCUACAGAUAAAUCCGCAACACACCAUACCAACCAUUGAUGAUAACGGUUUUAUUCUGUGGGAGAGUCGUCCGAUUAUGAUAUAUCUGGUCAGCAAAUACGCGAAAAAUGAUUCUCUGUAUCCGAAAGAUCCGAAACAGAAGGCACUGGUCGAUCAAAUGAUAUUCUUCGAUGCUGGCAGUCUCUAUUCCAACAUGGGAAAAUGUUACUUGCCGGUAAUCAAAGGUUUAGCUAAUUCUAUUAACGAGGAAGAUCUGAAGCGAGUAGAGAAAUCAUUCGAGGUGCUCAACUUAUUCCUCGAAGGUAGACAAUUUGCGGCUGGUGAGAAUUUAUCUAUCGCCGAUUUCACUAUCAGUACAACUAUCUGUACGAUACUGUGUUUUGACUUUGACAUUAGUCGAUAUGAUAAUGUUGCCGCGUACUAUGAGCGUUGCAAAGAAAGCCUAGAGAGAUACGGAUUCGAAGAGGUGCACGCCGUGGGUGUUAAGGCGUUUACCGAAAUAUACCACGCGAACCUGCAAGAAUCUAGUUAUUUCAAGAUGCCCAUCGAUCUUUACCAUACUGCUGUAAGUGGCCCGUGCCGAGCCGUGCGUUUGGUGGCGGCUGCCGUAGGAGUGGAUUUAAACUUGAAGAAUAUUGACCUUAGGGCCGGCGAACAUAUGACACCCGAAUUCCUCAAGAUAAAUCCACAACAUACGGUACCCACAUUAAAUGACAAUGGCUUUUAUUUAUGGGAAAGUCGUGCGAUUAUGACUUACCUUGUCAAUCAAUAUGGCAAAAAUGAUUCCCUCUAUCCAAAAGAUCCUAAGAAACGGGCCCUUGUUGAUCAAAGGCUCUAUUUUGAUAUGGGAACUCUAUAUCAAUCGCUUGGUAAUUAUUAUCGUCCAAUAAUACUUGAGAACGCUACUCCAGAUCAGGCGAAAUACGAAAAAAUAUGCGACGCACUAUCCUUGUUGGAUAAAUUUCUAGAAGGGGAAAACUACGUGGCAGGAAAAACUCUAACAAUCGCUGAUUUUGCGUUGGCCGUCAACGUUAAUAAUGUGAAGGUACAAUUGAUUAGUUUAAUACCGAACAUGCCUGUGCAAUUGUACUAUAUGAAUAUGAGCCCACCUUGCCGAGCUGUGGUGCUCGUAGCAGAAACGAUUGGUCUUGAAUUAGAAUUGAUAGAAAUGAACAUAUUGAAUGGUGAACAUUUGACACCGGAGUAUGAACAGAUAAAUCCGCAAAAGACAAUUCCCUUCAUGAUCGACGAUGACCUGAAGCUAUCAGAAAGUCGAGCUAUUAUGUGCUAUUUGGCUGAUCAGUAUGGCCAAGAUAACAAUUUAUAUCCGCAAACUCCGGAAGCGCGUGCUGUGGUCAAUCAACGAUUGUACUUCGAUAUGGAUCCACUUUUGUCGAGUAUAAGUGCCUCUUACUACCCUGUAUUUAAAAAAUUGGCCGAUACGUGCGAUCCAGCACAGUAUGAGAAAAUGGUAAAUGCUUUUCAAUUGUUGGACAAAUUUCUUGAAGGACAAGAUUACGUAGCCGGAAAUAAUUUAACAAUCGCUGAUUGUGCCAUGGUUGCGUCAGUAGCUGCAGCAGAGUCUUUUGGGUUUGACGUGGGAAACUUUGAAAACGUUUCCAAGUGGCUGGAGAAUAUAAAAACAACUGUACCUGGUUAUGAGAAGGCUAUUGCCGAGCCAAUUGAAGCAUUUAAAAAGAUAUAUUUAGAAAACUCACAAGGCGAACAUGAAGAAGAAGAAGAAAAAGAAGAGGAAGAAUAAUAAUACAAUAUAGUAAACGUACAAUAUAAACGUUCAAGUAGUCAAAAUGCUUAUACACAUUUUGUUUUUCAUGUUAUGCUAUCAUUUAAAUUACAUUUUAUAAAUAAUAAGAAAGAAAGAGGAAGGUGGCGAGAAAACUCUUGCUUGUUAUAAGAAUUUAUCAGUGAUUGUAUUUAGUUUCUGAGAUAUUUUUAUAACACGCUUCAUAAGCAUGAAAGCAAGAAUAAAGGCGAAUGAAAAAGAAAUGUAUUAGCUAGUGAAACAUAAAUGUAUUUUUCAACUGUCGCGUUACACUGCAGUGUUAAUUGUAUAGCGAUUAGAAAACAAUAAAUCAAAAUCGAUUAUUGA